UUGCCUCCACUAGGCUCACCGGGCGCCUGGAAUGAGCGUGCGCAUAGCAACGGCACCUUGACACCGGUUUACUCCUGCUGAUCUCCUUUGCUGUCACCUUUCAACUCAACGUCCAUCAUGUCUGCUCAAGGUAACCACGAAGACGCCGAGCUUCAGCCCACUUUCGCAGAGGGGUACAAGCCCACUGCAGCCAAGAGCUUGGAUGCGUACAGAGAACUUGAUAAAGAAGAUGAAUCUCUCGCACGCUGGAAAGCUUCUCUCGGUAUCGGCGCGAAUGCCCCUGCCGAAGCUAGUGGUCCCAAGGUUACCGUGAUCAGUCUCACUCUUACCUCCGAUUCUCUGUUCAGGCCCAUCGUCCUCCAUCUCUCCGACAAGGAAAACUUCAAGAAGAAUCCUAUUACCAUCAAGGAAGGUGCCGAAUAUUCCGUCACCGUCGAAUUCAAGGUCAAUCACGGCCUGACCACUGGUUUACGGUUCAUUCAGGUCGUCAAGCGUGCGGGAUUGACCGUCGACCGUCUAGACGCCAUGAUCGGCUCUUACACUGCGGGUGAAGCUCCCUACCGUAAGCAGAUGCACACAGAAUCAGCUCCUUCUGGCUUGAUUGCUCGGUCGGGCUCCUACACGGCGAGGAGUCGUGUGACCGAUGACGACAAGGAAGUCUACGCUGAUUUCGAGUGGGUUUUCAAGCUUGGAAAGGAGUGGUAAGACGAGGUUGAGAAUGAACAGAAGCGAGGGUCACGCAUUUCCGUUGGUGUACCGUUAAGAAUGAGUUGUGCUACAUAAAUAUAUACCAAAUCAUACGUGAAACGUGAA